AUGACAGUCUUUAUUGCCUCCCUCUUUCUUCCGAAGACUGUCCAUUUCACCCUACCGGGCACUCCCUCAAAAAACGCCAAGCUACUGCCAGAGAACCCGGCUCCCAAGAAGGCCAGACCCCAGGCUCAACGAGCACCGCCGACCCUGUUUCCCGUUCAAAACGCCGACAUCACACCACCUGAGACCCCGGUCGACGACGAGCCUGCAGAUGGCAUCUUCACCAACGAGGAUGGCCUGCGCAUCCACUAUCCCCCGAAGGAGGAGCACUCCCCCAGCGAUUCCAAGGCCGAGCCAGGCCCAGGGUACCAAGGGUCUCCUGUCUGGGGCAGGAGGAGUGACCAGCCUGUCUCCCGUGCCAACACCCCGCCUCCUUCGUCACUCCUCGAGCAUAACAAGCAAUUGAAGGCCAAGGCGCAGGAGCUUGGCCGCCAGGGCGUCAUCCAGCCUCGCGCUCUCCAGCGCAGCGACAGCCACGAUCGGGUCUUUGCCCACGCCGACUGGAAGGUUGUUCAUGCCGACCAAGGCAAUGGGGGGCUGCGACACGCGGCAGAGGCUGCCAUGCGCGAGGGCAAGCUUUCCGAGGUCACAUGGGUGGGGACCCUCGGCAUGCCCACGGAUGCCCUCGAGGGCACCCAGCAGAAGCAGGAUAUCGAGGACCGUCUUGCGACCGAAUUUGAAUCGCUUACCGUCUUCUGCUGCGACAAGGACCUCGACGGCCACUACUCGCACUUUUGCAAGCAGAUCCUCUGGCCCGUCUUCCAUUACCAGCUGCCAGACAACCCCAAGAGCAAGGCCUACGAGGAUCACUCAUAUAAGCAUUACGUCAAUGUCAACCGAGCCUUCGCCGAUAAGAUUAUCAAGAACUGGAAGAGGGGCGACGUGAUCUGGGUUCAUGACUACCACUUGUUGCUCGUGCCAGGCAUGGUCCGCGAGAAGCUGCCCGAGGCCAAGAUUGGCUUCUUCCUGCACGUCGCUUUCCCUUCCUCCGAGGUCUUCCGAUGCUUGGCCGUCCGGAAAGAACUCCUGGAGGGCAUGCUGGGGGCCAAUCUGAUCGGCUUCCAGAUCCACGAAUAUACGAGGCACUUCCUCCAGACUUGCAGCCGCCUGCUCAAUGCAGAGGCGACGCCCGAUGGGCUACACCUGGAGGACCGCUUUGUGGAUGUCAUCAACCUUCCCAUCGGAAUUGACCCCGUAAGCUUGAGUGCGCACCGGGAAGAUGCUGCGGUUAAGAGGUGGCUCGAUGUGCUGCGAGAGCGCUACGCUGGCAAGAAGCUGAUCGUGGCACGAGACAAGCUGGACCACGUCCGAGGUGUCCGCCAGAAGCUGCUCGCCUAUGAGCUUUUCUUGAACACUAAUCCCGAAUGGCGAGGAAACGUCAUCCUGAUCCAGGUGGCCCUGUCCUCAAGCGAGAAGUCAGAACUCGACGCGACAGUGAGUGAUAUAGUCACUCGCAUCAACUCGUCUUAUGCGAACCUCGCAUACCAGCCGGUCGUGUACCUGAAGCAAGAUAUCGACUAUGCUCAAUACCUGGCCCUUCUCUCCAUUGCCGAUGCACUGAUGAUAACAAGUCAACGCGAGGGUAUGAAUCUUACCUCGCAUGAAUACCUCUAUUGCCAGGAUGGCAAACAUAUCGGCGAGAAGAAGCACGGGUCACUGAUCUUGUCCGAGUUCACGGGAACUGCUUCGCUUUUCGGCGGCAACGAGCUGUCUGUGAACCCCUGGGACUACCGAGCCUGCUCUACCGCCCUCAGGAAGGCCUUGGACAUGGGCAACACAGAAAAGGAAGAGCGAUGGACCAAGUUGCACGAGUGUAUCAUGCAGCACACUGGGGCUCAUUGGUUCACUGAACUGAUGACACGAUUGGACCACGCCCACAGUGAGCAGCACCGCCACAACCAGACGUCUGUCCCGCGCCUGAACGUGAACGACCUGGUCCAGCGAUAUCAGAGUAGCGAACGCCGCCUAUUUAUCUUGGACUACGAGAACACGUUGGUCAACUGGGGACCUGUAAACCAGAUCAUUCCUUCCAGCCCUCAGCGCACAUUGGAUACCUUGAACGAGCUACUCCUGGACGAGCGCAACAUAGUGUACGUGAUGUCUGGUCGGCGGCCCGAGGAGCUCGAUCGUUUGUUCCGACGCGUCCCUAACUUGGGUUUGAUCGCCGAGAACGGCUGCUUCCUCAAGGACUGCGGCAGUGACGCGUGGACCGAGAUGGCAAACCCUGAGCACAUCCGGGCGUGGAAAGAGUCUGUUAAGGGAAUACUCAACUAUUACCUGGAGCGCACACCUGGCGCUGAAAUCGAGGAGCGCCGCUGCAGCCUCAUCUUCCACUACAAGAGCGCCGAAAACUGGGAGCACGCUGUCAGCCAAGCGAGUGACUGUGCAUCUCACAUCAACGAUGCCUGCGAAAACCAGCGUGUCCACGCCAUUCCUACUGACGGCUCGAUAAUUGUGGAGCCAGUGGAUUGGACCAAGAGUACCGCUGCGGAAAAGAUCCUCGAGGACUUGAAGACUCGCCUGCCUGCAAACAAGACGCACAAGAGCCCUGUGGACUUCCUGAUGGUGGUUGGGGACGGGCGAGAUGACGAGAAAGUUUUCAGAUGGGCCAACACCCUCGGUGAAGAGAAGGUUGUCAAGGAUGUGGUCACCGUCAGCUUGGGGAACAGGAACACGGAAGCGACAGCUACCCUAACACAGGGUGUGUCUGGCGUCCUGGUCGUUCUCAAUCGCCUGGCUUCUCUCACUACCGAGUAA